AUGGACACAAAUUCUCUGUGGUUGGAUAUGGAUCUAAGUUCUUUUUGGGUGGAUAUGGAUCUAAGUUCUUUGUGGGUGGAUAUGGAUGUAAGUUCUUUGGGGGUGGAUAUGGAUGUAAGUUCUUUGGGGGUGGAUAUGGAUCUAAGUUUUUUUGUGGGUGGAUAUGGAUGUAAGUUCUUUGGGGGUGGAUAUAGAUCUAAGUUCUUUGUGGGUGGAUAUGGAUGUAAGUUCUUUGGGGGUGGAUAUAGAUCUAAGUUCUUUGUGGGUGGAUAUGGAUGUAAGUUCUUUGGGGGUGGAUAUGGAUGUAAGUUCUUUGUGGGUGGACAUGGGUGUAAGUUCUUUGAGGGUGGAUAUGGAUCUAAGUUCUUUGUGGGUGGAUAUGAAUCUAAGUUCUUUGUGGGUGGAUAUGGAUGUAAGUUCCUUGGGGGUGGAUAUGGAUCUAAGUUCUUUGUGGGUGGAUAUGGAUGUAAGUUCUUUGGGGGUGGAUAUGGAUCUAAGUUCUUUGUGGGUGGAUAUGGAUGUAAGUUCUUUGGGGGUGGAUAUGGAUCUAAGUUCUUUGUGGGUGGAUAUGGAUCUAAGUUCUUUGUGGGUGGAUAUGAAUCUAAGUUCUUUGUGGGUGGAUAUGGAUCUAAGUUCUUUGUGGAUGGAUAUGGAUCUAAGUUUUUUGUGGGUGGAUAUGGAUCUAAGUUCUUUGUGGAUGGAUAUGGAUCUAAGUUCUUUGUGGAUGGAUAUGAAUCUAAGUUCUUUAUGGGAGGUAUAUGGAUCUAA